GGAUUUGAUUAGAUUAUAUAUAAAACAGGAAACUGCAGCGGCAGUUCUUCUUCUCCUCCUCCUCCUCCUCCAUGCAAGAAAAUGGAUCAGAAAUCCGGAGAUUCAAAUGGGUCUGCUCCGAAAUCAAUGGCGAUUGAGCACAAAGCUUAUGCUCGAAUCGGGUUACUGGGUAACCCCAGCGAUGUGUACUACGGCCGCACCAUUUCCUUCAGCAUCCGCAAUUUCUGGGCGUCCGUCAAACUUGAGCCGUCCGAGCAUCUCGUCAUUCAGCCUCACCCUUUUCACGAUAUGGUUCAGUUCCAGUCCUUUGAUCACCUGAUGAAUCGGCUGACAAAUGAGGGUUAUUAUGGAGGUGUACGACUGCUUAUGGCAAUUUGCAAAGUUUUCUUUAGCUACUGCAAAGAUAACAAGAUCGAUCUUCACAAUCAGAACUUCACUUUAUCGUAUGAAACUAAUAUCCCUCGGCAGACAGGACUUUCAGGUUCUAGUGCAAUUGCCUGUGCUGCCUUCCGCUGCUUGCUUGAUUUUUAUGAGGUCAGGCAUUUGGUCAAAGUAGAAGUCAGACCUAAUCUUAUCCUCAAUGCAGAGAAAGAACUUGGAAUCGUUGCUGGUCUUCAAGAUCGCGUGGCACAAGUCUAUGGGGGCCUUGUUUACAUGGAUUUUAGCAAGGAAUACAUGGAGAAAUUUGGACAUGGCAUCUAUAUACCAAUUGAUAUAAGCCUUCUUCCUCCUCUAUAUCUGAUCUAUACUGAGAAUCCAAGUGAUUCUGGAAAGGUACACAGUACAGUUAGGAAAAGGUGGUUGGACGGUGAUGAAUUCGUGAGAUCAUCAAUGGCAGAAGCUGCAAAAAUAGCACUAGAAGGUCGGACAGCAAUACUCGAAAAGAACUACUCUAAACUUGCAGACCUCAUGAAACGAAAUUUUGACCUUAGAAGGAGCAUGUUUGGAGAUGAUUGCCUAGGAGCAUUAAACAUAGAAAUGGUGGAGAUAGGUCGGAGAGUGGGUGCAGCAACAAAAUUUACAGGAAGUGGAGGAGCUGUAGUUGCAUUUUGUCCUAAUGGCCCCGACCAGGUGAGACUUCUGGAGGAGGAAUGCAAGAAAGCAGGAUUUGUUAUUCAGCCAGUGGAAAUUGCUCCGCCGUGUCUAAAUGAAGUUGAUCUCAAAACCUCAACAACUCUAGACAAAAUUUAAGGGCAUUUUUUUGGAAAGCAGGAAUAAGAUAAUAUGUAGAGAUUUUCUUUUUUUGUCUUUUGCAGAAGCAGAGUUUCUGAACAUUGUGAAUUUUUGUUAAUGGAUACUUAAGCAAUAAAUAAGAUAUUUCUGAGUCCAAA